GCCGCAAGGGUAGUCUCGGAACGCGAGGCGUCUGGCAGGCUGGAGAACUGGGAGCGAACAAUGAGAGUCGCUUGUCCUGGGUGUCGACAGCUUCUGCUCCUUCGGUCAUUAGAACAACCCAUUGAGAGCUGAGUCCACAGCAAACCGCCCUGUGCUGUGCACCCCACACCAUGCAUCACCAGUCCAUUCUGCACAGCGGCUACUUCCACCCGCUGCUUCGGGCCUGGCAGACCUCUGCCUCCACCAUCAGUGCCUCCAACCUCAUCUAUCCCAUCUUUGUCACGGAUGUUCCUGAUGACGUCCAGCCCAUUGCCAGCCUCCCGGGAGUGGCCAGGUAUGGUGUGAACCAGCUGGAGGACAUGCUGAGACCCCUGGUGGAAGCGGGCCUGCGCUGUGUCCUGAUUUUCGGCGUCCCCAGCAGAGUUCCCAAGGAUGAGCAGGGUUCUGCAGCUGACUCUGAGGACUCCCCAGCUAUUGAGGCUAUCCGUCUAUUGAGAAAGACCUUCCCUGACCUCCUGGUGGCCUGUGACGUCUGCUUGUGCCCCUACACCUCCCAUGGUCACUGCGGCCUCCUGAGUGAGAACGGAGCAUUUCUAGCUGAGGAAAGCCGACAGCGGUUGGCAGAGGUGGCACUGGCCUAUGCCAAGGCAGGGUGUCAGGUUGUAGCUCCAUCAGACAUGAUGGAUGGACGUGUUGAGGCCAUCAAGACUGCCCUGCUAAAACACGGACUUGGCAACAGGGUCUCUGUGAUGAGCUAUAGUGCCAAAUUUGCCUCCUGUUUCUAUGGCCCUUUCCGGGAUGCAGCUCAGUCAAGCCCAGCUUUUGGAGACCGCCGCUGUUACCAGCUGCCUCCUGGAGCCCGUGGCCUGGCCCUCCGCGCAGUGACCCGGGACAUUCGGGAAGGAGCUGACAUGCUCAUGGUGAAGCCGGGGCUGCCCUACCUGGAUGUGGUUCGGGAGGUGAAGGACAAGCACCCCGAACUCCCCCUCGCAGUAUACCAGGUAUCAGGAGAGUUUGCCAUGCUGUGGCAUGGAGCCAAGGCUGGGGCCUUUGAUCUCAGGACUGCUGUACUGGAGACCAUGACGGCCUUCCGCAGAGCUGGUGCCGAUGUUAUCAUCACCUACUUUACACCCCAGCUGUUGAAGUGGCUGAAGGAAGAGUGAUGGGAGAGUGUGUAGGACUUGAUCUUAACAAAGCUCCUUUGGGCCAUGAGAAGUGAAAACCAAAGUAAAUGCUGCUGUUAGAACUGU